UUCCACUGCCUAACUCUUUUACAAGUUCAUUGAAAUUUUUUCUGGCAAUCAAUUUCUUCGCCUUCACCUUUCUCUGGAAGAUUCUCAUCAAACCCUAUGGGGAGGGUCGGAUUGUUCGAUCUGGAGAAGCACUUUGCCUUCUAUGGCGCAUACCAUAGCAAUCCAAUUAAUAUCGUGAUACACGUCUUGUUUGUAUGGCCAAUCUUCUUCACUUCCCUGCUUUUUCUGUACUUCACGCCUCCCCUUUUUAAGGCCCCUGAACUGGGGCUUGAUUAUGGCCUCGUCUUCAAUUACGGCUUCUUGCUUGCUGCUAUUUAUGCCUUGUUCUAUUUCUCCUUGGAUUACAAAGCUGGCUCUUUUGCGGCUUUGCUCUGUUUGGUCUGUUGGGUCGGGUCCAGCAUUCUUGCUCAGAGGCUUGGGUUUUCUCUAGCGUGGAAGGUUGUGCUUGCUGCUCAGUUGUUUUGUUGGGCCGGACAGUUUGUUGGUCAUGGCGUGUUUGAGAAACGUGCACCGGCUCUCUUGGACAAUCUUACUCAAGCUUUUCUGAUGGCCCCUUUCUUUGUGUUGCUUGAGAUCUUCCAAUCACUUUUUGGAUAUGAGCCAUAUCCUGGGUUUCAUACAAGGGUGAAAGCGAAAAUAGGAGCUGAGAUCAAGGAAUGGCAGGACAAGAGGGGGAAGAAACUCUCUUAGCUUCAGCGAGACAGCAAUUGAUAUGGUGAUGUCAUUAUUGUGGAUACUUCUCUGUAAACUGAAGAAAAAGUUGUUAGUUUUGUUGUAAUUUAAUAUUCAGUUUGGUUGGGCGUUGUGUAAUGUUUAUCAGUAUAAACGAGCUUUCCUCCUUGUGACUACCUUUUUACUCAAUGAAUGAUCGUUCGUGCCUGUAAAAUGAUCCAUUUGAUCCCACUUCUUUA